UAAUUCUGCAAAAUCUUCUAAUUUGCAGGAAAAACAACCAUAAAAAAACCAACCAUUACAUUUGUUAAAAAUUCAACAUUAAGCUUUUACUAUUCCAAAAUUCAUGUAAAAGUUUCUAUUGGGAUGCCCUUAGUCUUCGGUUUAGUCCCGGCCGCCAUCGUGGGAACUUAGUGCGAUGACUUCAAGUCAACUGCAUGACUGAGUCUAAAGUCAAUUACUAGCAUUAAAAAUUAAAAAUUAAAUAAAUAUGUUUAUCUAAUCACGGUGCCUUGCGCGCGCGUCUUUUCUGGUAGCACUGAAACCUAACCAUGCUAUCCCUAAUAUUCGUCGUUCUCCACCUCAUCACCACCGCGUCCAGUGGUUCGCCGCCUUACACUCCCAUAAACCACAUCCUUCAUAACUGCGGAGCACCAUCGGAGCUGGACUUCAAAGGCCGUACCUGGAAAAUUGACGACAACUACCCAGAAUGCCUUCCUGCAAAUGAGAUAGAUAUAUCAGUAACUCGCGCAGCGUCAGCUGCAGGUAGGCCAUUGUCUGUCCCCGAGGUCCCAUACCACACCGUCCAUAUCUUCCAAAACCAGUGCACUCGCUCUUACCAUGUUUCUCCAGGCCUCAUGUUCAUCCGCCUCCAUUUUUACCCUACCAAUUACACAGUUUCCGGCCUCAGUUUUCGACCGGAAGAUUCUUUCUUCUCAGUUACCGCUAAUGAGUAUACCCUAUUGGCUAACUUCAGCGCCUUUCUCUCCGCCUCUGCAGAUCUUUUCAUUGAAAAAGAGUAUGUUGUGAACGUCAACGCCGAUCGACUCAACAUAACCUUCACUCCUUCUCCCAACUCUGUUGCGUUCGUCAACGGAAUCGAGAUCGUCUCGAUUCCGACGGGCUAUUACAUUCGGGGAGAAGGCGCCGGCGAUUUCGAAAACCAGAUAAAAUUGAUCGGCGGGGAAAACCGUAACUAUUACCUGUUCAACAAUACUGCUCUGGAGACUCUGUACAGGCUGAAUGUUGGGGGACAAUCUCUUCCUCCGGUGCACGACACCGGCAUGGACCGCACGUGGUAUUCCGACGACGAAUAUCUCAUUGGUUUGGGAUAUUUUACUCCUUCCUUGGAUGUGAAAAUCAACUACACUUCAGUGUCGCCGGCGUACUCUGCACCUGAGAUAGUAUAUACUACCUCGAGGACAAUAGCCAAUUACAGCAGUGAUCUCAAUUGGACGUUUCCGGUGGAUUCAGGGUUCUCAUAUCUUUUCAGGCUCUAUUUUUGCGAGUUUGCGAUCGAAAUCGAUGGCGGCAAUCAACGAGUUUUCUCGGUGGACAUAGCGAAUAAAAUGGCUGAGAGACAUGUUGAUGUUUUUCUAAUGGCAGGCGGCUCCAAAAUUCCGAUCUUCAGGGACUACCUUGUGAAGGUGCCGGACAUGGAUGGUCGCCGGAGCAAACAAAAUGUUUCAAUGGCUAUAAGGCCUAACAUGGAAUCUCGACCUGUAUGGGCGAGUGCGCUCUUAAAUGGAUUAGAGAUUUUCAAGUUGAACGAUACGAAAGGGAGCAUGGCGGCGCGAAACCCUGAGCGUCUACAAAUUUCUGUUAACCAAGCGCCUGGGUGGAGUAAGAAUCCCAAAAAUAAAAGGCCAUCAGCUCCAGUUGCGGCCAUUGCUGGUGGCGCGGCGGGUGGGGUUGCGGUGGUGGUGAUUUUGGUGUUCUUGGUUAAUCUUCACCGGAAAAGAGCGGCAAGAGACUCCGCUACAAAUCUCACCAGAUCAUUAACUUCAAACCCCGUCCUCGACUCCGGCCCGGCGCAAUUAACAGAAUCGUGCAGACAUUUCACUCUGGAUGAGCUCAAAUCGGCAACCGCUGAUUUUGACGAGAGCUAUGUUAUUGGCAAAGGCGGAUUCGGAAAAGUCUAUCGAGCUUCCAUUAACGAAUCAGAUUGCAGCAUUGAAGAUGGAGAUGGAGCAAACGGUAUUGUUGCAGUGAAGCGAUUGAACAAGGCGGAGUCGAGGCAAGGAGAGAACGAGUUCUGGAUGGAGAUCAAGAUGCUUUCUCGUCUCCGAAACCAAAAUCUCGUCUCCCUAAUCGGCUACUGCAACGAAGAACAAGAGAUGUUACUGGUUUACGAGUUCAUGGCCAGAGGAACACUCGCGGACCAUCUCUACAAGGUUAUUGACGAUGAUAAUCCCGGCGGUCUCUCUUGGGAACAACGGCUCAACAUUUGCCUGGGCGCCGCGCGCGGAUUGCAAUACCUUCACGCCGGAAAAGUCAUUCACCGGGACGUCAAGAGCUCAAACAUCCUGCUAGACGAAUCUUUGGUCGCAAAGAUUUCAGAUUUCGGGUUAUCCAAAACCGGACCUGGAAACGAUUCCUUCUCUCAUAUCUCCACAGACGUGAAGGGGACCUUUGGUUACUUGGAUCCUGAGUACUUCCUGACCCGGCGAUUAACCACGAAAUCCGACGUGUUUGCGUUCGGAGUGGUGCUGUUCGAAGUGCUCUCCGGUCGGCCGGCGCUGGACAUGAGACUGGUGGAGGAGCAGCACAGCCUGGCCACUUGGGCGGUGGAGUGUAUCAGAAAAGGAGAAAUUGAUCAAAUGUUGGACCGGUGUUUGGUUGGGCAAAUGUCUCCGGCGUGCUCGAAGAUAUUCGUGGAAAUCGCAGGAAGAUGCUUGCUUAGAGAACCACGCAACCGGCCUGACAUGGCGGAUGUAGUCAAGAAUCUUGAAUUAGCACUGGCCUUGCAACAAAGGACGGCAAAAUUAGCAUUGAAUGUAAGCAUUAUUGGCAGUGAUAAUCCUGGUAAGGGGUGGAGUUAUCUCGUCCGAUCGCACCUGUACAAACUCUUUCAAAGGGGAAAACUUGUCCUUCCAGGACAAUAAUUGAUCCAAAGUCCUUAUAAUUCUUUGGCCACGGUCCAGCUGCCGGUUCAAAAUGACACCAUUUUGAUGUUAAAAAAAAAUUUAUUAUUCAAUGCGUGUUACAAU